GCUUUUUCACUUAUCACUCGAUUAAUCACAAAAGAAGCUACGUAGCAACUCUUUAUCCAAAGAGAAAUUAUGGAAAAUAUGAUAAACGAAUAUCUGCUAAUGAGAUUAAAACACCAAACAUCAGAUUUUAUUGAAUUAGCGAAAACAAAAGCAAUUGAAGUUGUAGUUCAACACGAUGAACGUCUACUAAUAACAAUUUUAACGUUAUUUUUUGCUUGUUAUCUUAUAGUUUUUUUUUCAGGUCAUUUAUGGAAGAAGAGGAAGAAUAGAAAAUUGAAGAGAGUAUUAACAAGGUCAAUGUCAAUAGGAGUUUUGCAUGGAGGUGAAUUGGCUCUACAAAGGCUAGUUGAUUACCAUGAAGCUAAGGCUAAUUUAAGAUCAUUAGAUUCUACUGAGAUAGAGCUAGAGCUGGAUGCUUUGCUCAAUGAGGAGCGACCAGAUUUCAAGAAACUACAAAGGUGUGUUGCAAAAAUGGAAAUGAGUGGAAAAGAAAGCUAUGCACUGAUGAAACUAGAGGAUACAGUAACUAAAGCUCAAUCAAAGGGGAAACCACAUGAAGCUUAUGAGUUUGAGAUGUUACUCGUGGAAACACUCAUUUACCAGGGAGAAUUCAGUAAGGCGCUAAGUUACAAAUGCUUAAAGGAUGAAUUUAUUACUGAUGCAAGGCGUCCACUUUAUAAGGCUAUAAUAUACCUCUCACUUGGGUACAGUACUGAUGAAGCUAAAAAUUAUUGUGAACAAUUCAACCAAAUUAGAAAAGGGCUGAAAAGAUCAGGCAAAGAUGCACAGCUUCUUGAAAUCACUACUAAAUUUGAAAAAUUAGUGGUAAUUGUUGAAGCUCUCAAGGAAGAUAUCAAGGAGGCUAAAAGGAAAGCUAAGAAAAAUAAAUAGAUGAUACUUAUUCCUAAUUAAUUACACCUAGGUGAUAAAACAUUUGUGUUCUUUUAAUUGCUCUGUUUUACCUUUCACUUUGAUGUACUAUAAUGUUCAUGAAUUAUUAUGUAGUGGUAACAUGUUUCUAUUUAGUAACAUAAGGAGCGGAACUACAGUCGGCGAAAGGUGGUCAAGUACAUGUAAGAAAAUUAUAUGUAUUGUAUAUAUAAAUGUUAAAUGUUUCUUUUUAUGCAUAUAUUAAGUUUUGAACUUCU